AUGAGUUUAGACGUAAAGAAACUGAAAGUCAACGAGUUAAAGGAUGAGCUCCAUCGCCGAGGCCUGGACACCAGAGGCCUGAAGGCAGACCUGGUGGAGAGGCUGAAGGCUGCCCUGGAGGCUGAGGCAGAGGCUGACCCCUCCGAGCAGGGGGAGGCCGGGGAGCAGGACGAGUACAACGACGACUACCAGGAAAACGAAGAAGGAGACGAUGCCCAAGAGCAACAAGCUAGAAAACUGAAGGUUUUCCUUUUCUCCGCAGAGGCAGCCGAGGACGUUAGCGGGGGCGAGGAAGAUGAUGACGACGAAGGGGAAGGUAAUUCACCCCAAGAGGAAGACGAGGGGAGAGAUUCGGGCGGCUAUUACGAGGAGGAGGAGGCGGACGGCGAGCCCUACGAAGCCCAGCCGGCCCCAGACACGGGCCGCGGCACGCCGGACUUCACGGCGGACGACGACAUACAGGCAUCCAACCUGACGUCCGAGGAGGAGAGCAAACCCGUGGUCAAGGAGCUGGAGCAGAGCGUGGAGGACAGACAGGAAAUCAAAGUGGACAUCAAAAAGGAAGAAGUCGACCCUCCUGAGGAGAAGCAGCAGGACAGUCGGGGGGCGGAGCAACGGGCCGAGCAGGACACCACCAGCCAGGACGCCACCAGCCAGGACGCCACCAGCCAAGAUGGCGCCGGUCAGGCCGAGCCGGUCAAGUCGGAGGACGAUCGGGGGGGAAACCACAGCCGCAAGAGGCCGUACGAGGAGAGCCGGGGAUACAGCUACUACGAGCACCGCGAGGAGAAGCGGUCCAGAACCCCACAGCCCCCCGCCGAGGACGAGGAGGAGAACAUCGACGACACCCUGGUCACCGUGGAUACAUGUCUGAAGGAUUUCGAGAGCGAGGACGAGGUGCAGAUGGGCUUCUCCAAGAACGGCGUGAACUUGGGCGUGGCCUUCCGCACCACCAAGGAGGCGCUGGCGGGCCGCGCCCUCUUCCCCCACGUGCUGGUGAAGAACUGCGCCGUGGAGUUCAACUUCGGGCAGCGGCGGGAGCCCUACUUCCCCCCCCUGGAGGGCUACUCCUACAUCCACAACCUGGGCAUGGAGGACAAGAUCAGAGGCACCAAAGGACCCGCCAGCAAGUCCGAAUGCGAGGUGAUGGGUCUGCGGCGCCAGAGGAACUACGCGGGCCGCUGGGACCUCCUGAUCCAGCAGGCCACGCAGUGCCUGAACCGGCUCAUCGAGAUCGCCGCCCGCAAGAGACGCAACUACAUCCUGGACCAGCCGGUCAGCUGCCCCCGGACUGGACGCUCCGGCCCUCAGACAAAUGUAUAUGGAUCAGCAAGGAGACGAAAAAUGCGUCCUUUUGAAGGUUUUCAACGCAAGGCUAUUGUAAUUUGUCCCACGGACGAGGAUUUUAAAGAACGAACAUUAAAGCAAACCAAUGAGCAGGGGAAGGAUGUGCCCGAUCAUGCUGUGUUAGAAAUGAAA